GCAGCUCAUCCACUCGCCACAUCUCCAUCCUUUUACCGGCGCCAAGCUCGCCAUCCCAGUUUGGCCGGAGGAGCCUGAGACGCCCAACAAUACACCAAGUACAACCUCCGUCUCCUCUCAUGGCGCCUGCGCUCACCUCCAACUCCUUCCGCAUCGCGCCUGGUGGUGGCCGCCGACGCCUCUGCUCGACGCGCGAGCACAAGUCCCUCAAGACGGUGACGGCCCAAGCCAGGCAGAACCCGUUCAGCUUCGGGAAGCCGCAAGGAGAUGCUUCGUCGGAGGAGGAGGCGAAGGGGGAGGGAUCUGCCAACAAAGCCAACCGUUUCUUCAUCGAUUUCGGCAAAAUCCCCGACGCCAAGUCCCUCGUUCCGGUUGUGACCUCUCCGUCGACGACGCUGUUCGCCAGCACGAGGCGGAAAGACCCUCGCACGGUCUUCGUUGCCGGCGCCACGGGGCAAGCCGGCGCAAGGAUUUCCUGGGCGCUCCUUCGCCAGGGUUUCAGCGUCAGGGCCGGCGUGCCUGAUCUACCCUCCGCUCAGGAUCUCGCCCGUGUCGUCUCAACGUACAAGAUCAUCUCGCCGGAGGAGUCGAAGCGGUUGAACGCGGUGGAGUCGUCGUUCAGCGACGCCGAGUCGAUCGCGAAGGCCAUCGGCCUCGCCACCAAGGUGGUCGUCACGGUCGGCGCCGCGGAGAACGGACCGUCGGCCGAGGUCACCACCGACGACGCCCUCGAGGUCGUCCGCGCAGCCCAGCUCGCGGGCGUGGGCCACGUCGCUGUGGUUUACAACUCGGGGUCCGGUGGGUUCUCCGGCCAGUCCACCUACAACGUGCUCGACGGAAUCAGCUCCUUCUUCUCCAACCUCUUUGCUCGGUCUCAGCCGCUGACGCUGGGGGAGUUCCUCUCCAAGGUGGCAGAGUUGGACGUGAGCUACACACUCAUCAAGGCCGCCUUCACCGAGGACUACUCGGACGAGAGCUCAUAUGGAUUGGUGGUAUCAGAGGAAGGGAGCACCGCCGGAACAGCAAGUGAAUUCAAGGUCUCGAAGUCGCAGAUUGCCAAACUGGUGGCUGAUGUAUUCUCAGAUACCUCUAUUGCAGAGAAUAAGGUUGUUGAAGUCUCCACCAGCCCAUCAGCAACCUCAAAACCCACACAAGAACUUUUCGGUGCGAUACCCGAAGAUGGAAGAAGGAAAGCCUACGCCGAAGCCGUGGCGAAGGCAAAGGCAGCUGAGGAGGCAAUGCGAGCUGCAGCGAAAGCUACCGAGGCUGAAGAGGCAGCGAAAAAGCUGGAAGAAGAGGUGAAGAAGCUGUCGGAGAAGAAAACCCGAGCCACCAGCCUCAACAAGGAAGCUCAGCGGCGAGUGGUGGAGGCAGGGUCUUCGCUUGACAACCUCUUCAUUAAAGCCAAGGGACUCGGCAACGACUUCUCCUGGGACAAACUGAGCACUCAGGUAACAGCAGCGGUGUCUCAGAUCAACAACAACGACACCGAGGAUAUGGAGGAGAAGAAAGCGAGGACGCAGAUUGCCACCGUUAGAGGCCAAGCUAAGGCUCGGAAUUUGCCAUCCAAGAAGGCAGUAGUGAAGAAGCCUCCCCAGAAGCCAAAGCCCAAGCAGCCAGAUCCCACGCCAGAGGUGAAGAACAUCUUUGGUGGCCUCUUCAAGCAAGAAACAAUCUACAUCGAUGAUGAUUGAGUAAUUUUAGCUCCUUGACAAUGACAAUCUCUCCCUCUCUCUCUCUCUCUCUACUGAGCUAUUCUGUUCAAGUGGCUGUUGGAUUCUUUUUGUAUCUCCAUGCAUGAGUUCAUGUAAACUGCUGCAGUCCAGGGAAUUCAGAACCUGAUCUCUCCAAGAGUUGAUGGAACAGCACAAAUCAUAUACAUGUUUUGCUCCUGAAUUCAAGGAAUUGACAGAAAUCUUUAGAUGCUGGA